AUGCCGCAGGAACAGCGUCGUCCAGAUCUCGUCUGCGUAGGCAACCCGCGUGGCAGAAUGCCGUGGCUGCUGAGUUCGGCGGCAGCCGCCGUGGCGUGCGCGGCGCUGCCUGCAGUCUUCGCGUGGGGUGACAGCGCGACUCCACUACCGGUCCGCGAAGGCGGCUACCGACCACUGUCCAGGCAGCGCCGCGAGCUGCGCUUCCCAGAGGGCGCCACCUUCUCGAUGGCUCUGUGUCUUUCAUGGGCAGUUGUACCAAGUGUUAGCAUAUGGACGGAAACGAUAGCUGUCGAACUAGACUAUGACCUGCAAAAGGGAAAUGACACAGAAGAUUCGAUGGAUGAUAUGAAAGACGAUAAAGACGACGAUAAAAAAGAGGACAAAGAUGAGAAAGAUGAGAAGACUGCAGCAGCAAGUCGUUGGAGGUCACGCCGAGACGUCUUCCAGGACAUCGAAGACGCCAUUCACAUGACUGGACACGACGGCCGUGCCUGCAUGCACAGAGCCAUCUGUGAGGCAGCAGAGAUGCGGAGAGGCUGGCUAACAGAGGGCAGCAGCAGCGAAGACACCUAUAGGCCUGGGAUUGUGAUGCAUAUUCUGGACCUCAUCUUUCGGAUUCCAGAGUUGAGUUCUGCCGCGGACGACCCCUCGGCCCGGAGUUACUGGUCGGCCAGCCGCCACGCGCUGACCAGCACCUCCUCCUGCGCGGUCGCCUUCGCCGGCUGCCCCUUCUCGCUGCUGGACAUCGCCAUCAGCGGCCGCUACCAGCAGGACUUCUGGGCGUGAUCCCCGUGCAGCCAAAGUGGCGCCACGGCAGGUGGCAUGACGGUUCAAACUGCAGUGGUGCCGUGAGCUGCCGUUUCCACACACCACAGCCAGAUUUCACGGCUUUCAAUGUGGCGUCAUCAAAAUAAUAUUCUUGUGAAUGACUGUCACAGACGGUCGCAGCAACCUUACACCAGAACGAAAUGUUGGUUCCCAAAAAGCAACAAACACACUA